CCGAGACCGACGGAGACAGGACCGUUGAGAAUCGACCCAGGCGCGGUGCGCCGCGCUUCCCCCGGAGCCUCGCAGCCUCACCCGGCGUCUCUGUUCCACCACCUGGCUCUCCGAGCUCGGUCCUCUCCGCUUGUGUGGUUGUGUGUGCAUGAGCGUACGAAGACACAUUGGUGGCGGUGUGUACAGCUGCCACCGUGAGCGUGUCUCCACACACACACACACACACAGACCGAUUCCGGAGUCUGGAUUAAGGACGUUGCCACCUCCUCCUGCAGAUGUUUCCCCCCCGGUUCCGGACGGAUUUUUGAAUGGUUUUCAACGCCCCCGGAUCAGGACUCGAAGUGAUUGGCGGCUCAGAGCAGCGGUGGAAGUCGGAGCCUUCAGAGCUGCGGACACGGACCGGAUUUUCUCCCGGAGGUUCCCGUUGGAGUCGUGGCCUGCGACUGAGGAGCUCCUCCGUCACUUCCCACCGGUUUCCCCACACUUGGAUUUCCAUCUGCGAAUCUGAUGAAAGGAUGCUGCAGGGAUCUGACGAGGGUCUGAGUCCUACCUGAACCCCUCCCCUUCCCCCCUCCUCUCCCCGGACCCCUGACCUCCGACCCUCAGAGCCCUCCGUGCCGCCGUCCCACCAUGAACCUGCUGUGUCGCGGACGCCUGAAGCUUCUGGUGGCGUCUCUCACGGCCGUCGUCCUGCUCACCUGGCUCUACCUGCUGGCUGGAAACCUGGAGAAUGGUCGCUCCCUCCUCCUGGCUCCCUGUCUUGCCGGCAGCCCAGCGGCCCAGGUCCUGGAGCGCGCCGUCCUGGAGUCGCGGGUUCGAGAGAUGGAGGAAGAGAACAGACAGAUCCGGCUGCAGCUCAGCCAAUCGCAGGGCACCGCCGCCCAGCAGCCGGACGGGAACUACGGUAACCAGCAGUGGGGAGCGUCCGCGGACACAGGACCAGAGGACGGGGACAACACGGCGGAGGAGAAGAACAACCACACAGAGUGUCCCCGCUCGCCCACCGUCCAGAAGUGUGAGCUGAUCCAUGUAGCGUGCGUUUGUGCCGGUCACAACGCCAGCAGAGACGUGGUCACACUGGUCAAGUCCGUCCUCUUUCACAGGAGAAAUCCUCUUCACUUUCACUUCAUCACCGACACAGUAGCCAAUCGUAUCCUGAGUUCCCUGUUCCAGUCCUGGAUGGUCCCAUCCGUGCAAGUCAGCUUCUACGAUGCAGAUGAACUUAAGUCCGAGGUGUCGUGGAUACCCAACAAGCACUACUCAGGUAUUUACGGCUUGAUGAAGCUGACGCUAACCAAAGCUUUGCCCUCCGACCUGUCAAAGGUCAUCGUCCUGGACACGGACAUCACCUUCGCCACUGACAUCGCUGAGCUCUGGGGCAUUUUUAGGAAGUUUACAGAGAAGCAGGUGAUUGGUCUGGUGGAGAACCAGAGUGACUGGUACCUGGGGAACUUGUGGAAAAACCACAAACCCUGGCCUGCACUGGGACGAGGCUUCAACACAGGCGUCAUACUUCUCUACCUGGAGCGACUGCGGCGAAUCGGUUGGGAGCAGAUGUGGCGGCUGACGGCAGAGAGGGAGCUAAUGAGCAUGCUCAGCACAUCGCUCGCUGAUCAGGACAUCUUCAACGCCUUCAUAAAGCAGAACCCGGUCCUGGUGCACCAGCUGCCCUGCUUCUGGAACGUCCAGCUGUCUGAUCACACCCGCUCCGAGCAGUGCUACACCGAGGUUUCGGACCUCAAAGUGAUCCACUGGAACUCUCCGAAGAAGCUCCGUGUGAAGAACAAACACGUGGAGUUCUUCAGGAACCUCUACCUGACCUUCCUGGAGUACGACGGGAACCUGCUGAGACGGGAGCUGUUUGGCUGCCCGAGUCCGGCCAGUCCAGAGAGCGUCCAGCUGCAGACGGCUCUGGAGGAGCUGGACGAGGACGACCAGUGUUACGACUUCCGUCGGGAGCGACUCACCGUUCACCGCGUGCACCUGUACUUCCUGCAGUACGAGUACACGCCUACUGAGGACGACACCGACAUCACACUGGUGGCCCAGCUCUCCAUGGACAGGCUGCAGAUGCUGGAGGCCAUCUGUAAGCACUGGGAAGGCCCCAUCAGCCUGGCGCUCUACAUGUCCGACGCCGAGGCUCAGCAGUUCCUGCGCUACGCUCAGGCCUCCGAGGUCCUCAAGAACCGCAAGAACGUCGGCUACCACAUUGUCUACAAAGAGGGCCAGUUCUACCCGGUAAACCUGGUGAGGAACGUGGCCCUGAAGAACGCCAACACGCCAUACGUGUUCCUGACCGAUGUGGACUUCCUGCCAAUGUACGGCCUCUACGAUUACCUCAGAAAGUCUGUGGUGCAGCUGGACAUGGCUCACACUAAGAAGGCUCUGGUGGUUCCAGCUUUCGAGACACUUCGUUACCGUCUGUCCUUCCCCAAAUCCAAAGCUGAGCUGCUCUCCAUGCUGGACAUGGGGACUCUCUACACCUUCAGGUAUCAUGUGUGGCCCAAAGGACACGCUCCCACCAACUAUGCCAAAUGGCGAACAGCCACCACCCCCUAUAAGGUGGAGUGGGAGCCGGACUUUGAACCGUACGUUGUGGUGAGACGAGACUGUCCGGAGUACGACCAGCGCUUUGUGGGCUUUGGCUGGAACAAGGUGUCCCAUAUCAUGGAGCUGGAUGCACAGGAGUAUGACCUGAUGGUCCUCCCCAACGCUUUCAUGAUCCACAUGCCCCACGCUCCCAGCUUUGACAUCUCCAAGUUUCGCUCCAGCUCCAGCUACCGCAACUGUCUGAACACCCUGAAGGACGAGUUCCACCAGGACCUGUCCAGGAAGUACGGCUCGGCUGCUCUCAAGUACCUCACUGCCCAGAGGAAUAUCUAAGAACCAGGACUGCUGAGAGCCAGCCCCCGAGCUGGACCGAUGAGCUCCGGGAGCUCAGAAAUGUACUGACGCAGCGCUGUACCGCAGGCCACACUGACGCCCAGCGCCAAUAUGACGGUAAAGCUUUACAGCCCUUUCAAACAUUCAUGGGCUCCUGUGCAUUAAUUCUCCAGUCGACCGCGGACGAGAUGCAGAAAUGAAAACCUGAACAGGACAGCGGAUUUCCUAAACGCAUGUUUCACUGGGCGGAAAGGGUGGUCUCGGAGUGGAGCGUGGAUACGGAUGGGACUAGCUUUAUGGCCGGAAAAUAACCAUAUUCUUACAAUUUGUUCUGACAAUCAGGGCUUUUUCCAGAAGACAUGAACCAGUCCGUCCAUGUGGAUAUCUGGACACGUAACUCAAAGACACUAAAUGACGGGACCCGUGUCAUUUUUGGAAAAAAAAUGAAAGGAGAAGACUACAGUGUGAGGCCUGUCGAACUGGAGAAAGAUUUAAGCCUUAUCACUUUCCAUAUUUAAGGAUAUUUUCGUUAUUUCAUUUUUUUUCCAGUGUAAAUCAAAACCAAUGAAUAGCAAACAUUGGCCUUUACAAUGUUUUGAUUAUGACUUUACUAAGAAUCCGUUUAUUUUUCCUUUCUCUAUUUUCUGACCUCUGAGACCUUCUGAAAAUCAAUCAUGUCCUGGUCGAAUUCUUUCAGAUUUUCUGUGGGCUUCAGGGAUGUGCUUUGCGUGUAUGUGUGAGAGUGAGAGGGAGUAUGAUCCAGCUGCAUCAUAUGGCAAGUCUUCAACACGCUUACUGCUUCUCAAAAGUCAUUCUCGCUUUCGUCUUGGUCAUAUAUUUGCUUGCAUGUAAACAGUUGCACUACACGUCCUUUUCGCGUUAGAAAAUUUACAUUAUUCUGUUUUUUUUCAUCCCUCUGAAAGCAGCAAAAAUCUUUAAACGAUAACAGAG